AUUAAUGAUGAGUCUACUAAUUCUACAUUGGAUUAUAGUCAAGUUAACGAAGAGUCUAUGUUGAGUUAUAGUUUAAACAAUUUAGUAUCUAUAUUGAGUUAUAAUCGAGUCAGUGUAGAGUCUAAGAUCAAACUGAAAUGA